CAUUUCUCUGAGAAGUGUUGUGGAGCUCCUGAACAACAAUGAAUAGAUCAGUGGGCAAGACCUGAUUUAUCUCAACAUUGGGCUGAGAGCUCAACAGCAGCCAGCAUGCCGAUUCAGGGACCACAGUGGACGGAGUUCCUUACCUGUCCCAUUUGUCUGUUUGAGUUCAACAGGGACAGGGGCCCCGUCAGCCUAAGCUGCGGCCACACCAUCUGUAAAACAUGUCUGCAGCAGCUGCACAGAAAACGCUGCCCUUUCGAUCAGUCUGUGAUCGGUCUGGACCUGGAGCAGCUGCCGCUCAACUGGGCGUUGCUGCAGCUGGUCACCGCCGGGGAGGUGGCCCGGCCGCAGGCGCCGCCCUCCAGCCUGGCGCCGCACGAGCAGCAGGCCUACCUGAGCGCCAUUCGCUGCAUUGAGGAGCUUGCCCUCUUCCUGAAACCGCUGCCACCAGGUGGCGGGUCGGGCGGCGGCGCCGGCGGGCCCAGCGUUCUCUCGCGCUCGAUGCAGCGGAAGCUGGUGACGAUCGUCACAUGUCAGCUGCUGGAGCCGGAGGGCCGCAGCCGGGCGCUGCGCGCGUGCCGCUCGCUGGGCGAACGGACCGUCACGGAGCUGAUCCUGCAUCACCAGAACCCGGCACAGCUGUCGGCCAACCUGUGGGCGGCUGUGCGCGCGCGCGGCUGCCAGUUCCUCGGGCCCGCCAUGCAGGAGGAGGUGCUGCGCCUGGUGCUGCUGGCCCUGGAGGAGGGGUACGCCCUCUCCCGCAAGGUGCUCGUCAUGUUCGUCGUCCAGCGCCUGGAGCCGCACUUCCCGCAGGCGUCCAAGACCAGCAUCGGUCACGUGGUACAGCUACUCUACCGCGCCUCCUGCUUCAAGGCUGCGAACGGUUAG